AACAUAACCUAAAUUAAAUCCAUGCCAUAUGCAAGUGGACAAUAAUAUUGAAAUGUUUUGAAAUAUUUCUUAUUAGUUGAUAUAAUAUAUUAGUAGCACAAUGGGAAAGAAAAAGAACGAAUUCUCUCAUCUGGCUGUGGAAGAAAGAAAAGUAAUUACUGUUGCAGAGGUGGUUCAAGAACUUAUAAAAGCCCAUCAAGAAAGAAAAGACGUGAAUUUAAACUCUUUGAAAAAUAAAAUAGCAUCAAAAUACAAUCUAGAAACUGCUCCUAGGUUGGUGGAUAUAAUUGCAGCAGUACCAAUUGAUUAUAAGAAAAUUCUGGUUCCAAAACUACUAGCGAAGCCUAUUAGAACUGCUAGUGGGAUUGCUGUUGUAGCAGUAAUGUGCAAACCCCACCGCUGUCCUCACAUUAAUUUAACAGGAAAUAUAUGUGUUUAUUGUCCAGGGGGACCAGAUUCAGAUUUUGAAUACUCAACUCAAAGCUACACUGGCUAUGAACCUACCUCAAUGAGAGCUAUUAGAGCAAGAUAUGAUCCUUAUCUUCAAACCAGACACAGAGUAGAACAACUGAAACAAUUGGGACAUUCAGUAGAUAAAGUUGAAUUCAUAGUAAUGGGUGGUACUUUUAUGAGUUUGCCUGAUGACUACAGGGAUUAUUUUAUAAGGAAUCUACAUGAUGCUCUGUCUGGUCACAAGAGUAGUUCUGUUGAAGAAGCUGUUAUUUAUUCAGAGAGGAGUAAUACCAAAUGCAUAGGAAUCACAAUUGAAACUAGACCUGAUUAUUGUCUAGAAAAACAUUUAUCAGAUAUGCUAAAGUAUGGAUGUACCAGGCUUGAAAUUGGAGUCCAAUCUGUAUAUGAAGAUGUAGCUUUAGAUACAAAUAGAGGACAUACAGUGAAAGCAGUAUGUGGUACCUUUCAUCUGGCUAAAGAUGCAGGUUUUAAAGUAGUGGCUCAUAUGAUGCCUGAUUUGCCAAAUGUUGAUCUUGAAAGAGAUAUUGAACAAUUUAUUGAAUUUUUUGAAAAUCCAGCAUUUAGAUCUGACGGAUUAAAGAUUUAUCCUACCCUAGUAAUCAGAGGAACUGGAUUAUAUGAACUUUGGAAAACAGGAAGGUAUAACAGUUACCCUCCUUCAGUACUGGUUGAUCUAAUUGCUAAAAUUUUGGCAUUGGUACCACCAUGGACUAGAAUAUAUAGAGUACAGAGAGAUAUUCCCAUGCCAUUAGUAAGCUCUGGUGUAGAACAUGGUAAUCUAAGAGAGUUAGCUUUGAAUAGAAUGAAAGAUCUUGGUUUGAAAUGUAGAGAUGUACGAACUAGAGAAGUCGGUAUUACAGAAAUCCACGAAAAAGUUCGACCAAAUGAUAUAGAGUCAGUUAGAAGAGAUUACAUGGCAAACGGUGGAUGGGAAACUUUCUUGAGCUAUGAAGAUCCUGCUCAAGAUAUUCUUGUCGGAUUGCUCAGGUUGCGGAAAUGCUCUCCUGAAAUGACGUAUCGUCCAGAAUUGCUUGGUGGCUGUUCAAUAAUACGAGAACUCCAUGUUUAUGGUAGUGUAGUUCCAGUUAGUGGAAGAGACGAUAAGAAAUUUCAGCAUCAAGGUUUUGGUACCCUUUUAAUGAAUUGGGCUGAGGAAAUCGCUAUUAAAGAACACAAUUCUAUAAAGAUAGCUGUCAUUUCUGGCGUGGGUACAAGGAAUUAUUAUAGAAAAUUAGGAUAUGAAUUACAAGGGCCGUAUAUGGUUAAGAGUUUGAAAGAAGGAGAGUAUGUUAGUGCCUUGGAUUACGUCGACGGAGCCGUUUUAAAGUUUGAUGAUAACAAAGGUUUAAUCAAGAAUGUUGUGUAUGAUGAUGAUGACGAAGACGAGUGGAUAAAACAGAUAGACGAAGAAAAUAGGAAGAAUAAGAAAAGUAUUGUUUAAAUAUGUUAACAUUAUUAUUAAUUUUUAAUAAAGUACUUUUAAUUUCAUAA